AUGGCACGUUCAAAGACAGCUCCUCAAAGAAGUUUAGCUGGUCAAGCACAAGGAAGACCUCAGAGCAAGUAGAACUAGUUAUCAUUCUUCUCAGAAGAGUCAUAAGGAUUGAAGUUGUCACCAAAGACUGUGUUGGUAAUCUCACUACUUUACAUGGGUGUCGUCGUGCUCCUCCAUAUAUUCGGAAAAGUAAAGGGUGGAACCGCAACAGGACAGAAGGAUCUCUGA